GAACCGGUGCGGCGGGGGGCCCGCAGCAGCAGCAGCAGCUGGGAGCGGGGAGUGGGGGUAUGUCGGAGGGCGGUACUGGCGGCAGCUCGCCUGCUGGGGGUGCUGCAGCCGGUGCCGCUGCUGCCGCGGUGGGUGCAGCUGCGGAGGCGCUGGAGCGGGCGGUGCCGCGCAUGCACCCCGUGCUGUGGUUCAGGUUCACCGACGCCGCCACCUACAACGCCCGCCAGCCCUCCCGCCGCUCCCGGCGGCUGCUGCAGGACGUGGCUCGGCUGUGCCUGGCCGCCUCCGCCGCCCUGACCAGCCUCAACCACCUCCUGCCGCAGCUACGAGACGCGGCACAGGCGGGGGCGCCCGCUGCUGCGGCGGCUGUCCCAGCUGCUCUGCAGGAGGAGGGUCAGCAGCAGCAGCUGCAGCAGCAGGGCUCCGCGCCUGGAGCCCGCUCUCGGACCCUGUCCCCGCCGCCUUCCCCCACCCUAGCCGUGCGUCUGGCGCUGAGCCCGGCGCAGAUGUCGCUGAACCGGCUGAUCACGAGUGCGCAGCGGGGGCAGGCGCGGCUGGAGCAGGUGGGGGCGGCGGCGCGGGGGGAGACGCGGGGGGUGCUGCAGGCGGCGUUCGGGAGGGCGGAGCAGCUGGGG